CCGAUACUUGAGACUAGGCCAAGCCACGUCGCUUCUGGCAUUGAAUAACUUCCACGCUUCCAGUUGCACUCACUUCUUGUACUGUACCUCCAGAUGACACUACACCGACCAUGAAUAUUAUUGACACCACCAAGGACCUUUCCACGCUAUUUGAUAACCAAGCGCAGGCCACACCAGACGCGGUAGCCCUCGAGGACGAAAAAGUUACAUACACGUAUGCGCAACUCGCGAAGAAGGUCGAUGAGCUCGCCCACCGACUUCGCCAGCAUGGCGUGAAGAGAGAUAGCCUCGUCGGCGUGCUAUUGCCACGAAGUGCCGAUUACGUUGUCGCCUGCCUCGCCGCCCUCAAAGCUGGGGGUGCCUAUCUCGUGCUCGAGCUUGCCUACCCUCCAGAUUUGCUGGCCGAUGUGAUCGAAGAUGCCCAACCGGUCGUAGUCAUCCACAACGAAUCCGAGACUGGCAAGAUCAAGCCCGAUAUCCCUCGCGUUGUACUUGACGAAGAUCAAGAAGUACUGACCAACGGCCAUGCGGAGACCAAUGGAGAAGGCCCAGAUCCUGAUGAUCUCGAGAAACUAGCAUUCGUUGCUUACUCCUCUGGUACCACUGGCAAACCCAAAGGCAUCGCGAAUCCUCAUCGUGCCUCCGUGCUGUCGUACAAUCUUCGAUUUGGUCUCUCAGAUGUCGAACCUGGCGCGCGUGUGGCUUGCAAUGUCUUCUUCGUAUGGGAGAUCAUCAGACCUUUGCUUCGAGGCGCGACCGUGGUGACCGUGCCAGACGAGUCCAGCUAUGACCCAGCCGCUCUAGUAGAAUUACUAUCUGCGAAGAAAGUCACAGAGACUUUGAUGACCCCCACAUUACUGGCAGCUGUACUUGCUCGAUUCCCUGACAUUGGCUCGAGACUUGCAAAUCUGAAGACUCUAUGGCUGAACGGUGAAGUCGUCUCUAACGACCUUGCUCGCAGAGCUCUCCACGCUCUUCCACAAGUCCGACUACUGAAUUGCUAUAGCGCUUGCGAGACACACGAAAUCGCAUGUGGUGAUGUCGCGGACAUGAUUCGCGAUGACGCCGUCAACUGCCCUGUCGGAAAGCCGUUCGAACCUGAGCAUAUCCAUAUCCUGGGCGAAGAUGGGAAAGAAGUUGAGCCUGGAAACAGCGGUGAGCUGUAUGUCGGCGGUUCCUUGCUAGCUCGUGGCUACCUGAACCGUCCCGAGACCACCGCGGCGGCAUUUUUGCCAGACCACUUCAACGGCGACAACCCGGACGCACGGAUUUACAGAACAGGCGAUCUUGCGAUCUUACAUGAGAACGGCUUGUUGGAGAUUACCGGACGAACUGGUACCAUGAUCAAGCUUCGUGGCUAUUCUGUCGUCCCUGCGAAGGUCGAAGAUACUGUUACUAAAUAUCUGGCCGUCAGACAAUGCGCGGUCACUGCACAUGGAGAUGGCUUGGAUCGCCAGCUGGUAGCCUACUUUGUGAAGGACUCCGAAGCUGGCAGCGACCGACCUAUUGUGGAGAUUGACGAUCAGAACCAUAGCCCAGCUGCGAGAAAGGUCCUCACGCCAUACCUUGCACAGUACAUGCUUCCCACGCUCUGGGUAGAACUGAAAGAACUUCCCACGCACAGUGUAUCUGGAAAAAUCGACCUCAAGAGUCUUCCUUCGCCUAUCCCAGUCAAAACAGCAAACGGCGCGAAACCUGCCAAGGAUCCCAUUAGCAUCGACGACAUUGCAGAGGUGUGGGCCAAUACUCUGGGCGCGGAGCGAAAGCAGUUGAAGCCAGAGCACAGCUUCUUUGAUCUCGGUGGUCACUCGCUUUCGCUCGCGGCGUUGGCUACCAAGCUUUCUAGGCGUUUUGGCUUCCGCAUCCCUGUGGGACGACUGGCUGAUCCGCCGACGCUCGAGAGCCACCUGCACACUGUUCGCGAGGUACGAGAUGGUACAAUUGCCGCAGUACAAUCCGAUCUUCCGACUGCGUUGCGCAAAGAUUCGAAUCUGGAUCGCGACAUCGAGCCAAAUGGAGCGAAAAUUUGUGCUCUCAAGGAUGCGAGAACAGUACUGCUUACCGGCGCGACUGGUUUCCUUGGUGCCUUCUUACUUCACGAACUUUUGGAAGGGACUUCGGCUCAGAUUAUCUGUCUUGUUCGUUCUCCUGAAUCUUCGGAAGAAGACAAGCCUGGUUGCACUGCAAGGAUACGAAGGAAUCUCAUCGACCUGGGACUAUGGAGCGACUCCGUCAUGGAGCGUGUCGAGGUUUUACCCGCCGAUUUGCCUAGGAAACGAUUCGGACUGGCUCCCGAGAAGUUCAGUGAGCUCGCUGAGAGAGUGCAAGUGAUCGUUCACGCUGCUGCACAGGUCAACCUCGUGUACCCAUACGCUGCGUUGCGAGCAAGCAAUGUCGAUGGCACAAAAGAGAUUUUGCGAUUAGCAUGCAUGGGCGGCGCCACUGUGCAGUAUGUAUCUACCAACGGAGUCCUGCCUCGUUCCGAAUCUGGUCACGGCUGGCCCGAAGAUGCUAUGCUCUACGUGGACGCUGUGCCUGAGAAGAUUCCUGAUGGCUAUGGCCAAACGAAGUGGGCUGCAGAACAGCUUGUGCUUGAAGCUGGGCGUCGCGGCCUUCCUGUGAGGAUUCUGCGCGCGGGAACCAUUUCUGGACACAGCCUGACUGGCGCUGCCAACGCCUGGGAUCUGCUUACCGCAUUGUUCGUGGAAUCAAUACACUUGGGCUACUAUCCAGACGUUCGCGGCUGGAGGGCAGAGAUGACACCAGUCGACUUCGUGAGCAAAGCUAUUGUCCAUCUUGGUAACCAGACGCAUGCGAAACAGCUGGUCUUCCAUCUGGGAGAUCCAGAUCCGAUUGAGACCAGGGAAGUAUUCCAGCACUUUGCGGAGCUCGGGUAUCCCACUGAGCCGAUGGACUUCGACAAGUGGGUGAACUUGUGGAACGAGAAACGAGGCGCAAUGAAGGGCGGCGAAGGAGCCUUUACAGUCGACAUCAUGCGCAGUGGAAUGCCAAGUGUUGGCUUCCUGCGUGACAUCGUGGUGCUCAACAACGCUCAGACCAGGCCUUUCCGCGCUAUUGUGGAGCGACCAAAGGUUGAUCCGAUACUCCUCGAGACAUACGCACGACACUGGUUCGCCAGAGGAUGGUUGGAGAAGCCUCCUGCACGAAAUAGCGCUCUUGGAGGGUCGGCUCUUAGAGUGCGCAAGAGUAUCCUCACUGGCCGCGUUGCAGUCAUUACCGGUGCCUCGUCAGGGAUCGGUGCCGCUGUGGCCAGCGCCCUUGCGGCUGAAGGUUGCCACCUUGUCCUCGCUGCUCGCAGAACGCCAGCCCUCGAGAGUCUCAAGCGCCGGCUUGCAGUCAGAGAUGGCAAGGUCAUUGUCAAGCAAACUGAUGUCACGGACAAAGCGCAAGUCGAUGAUCUCCUUCAGACGGCCGAGAAGGAGCUCGGCGCAGUCGACAUCCUCGUCUCUUGCGCUGGCGUGAUGUACUUCACCAUGAUGGCCAACGCACACACAGACGAAUGGAACACCACUGUGGACGUCAACUGCAAGGGUCUGCUGCAUGUUCUCGCAGCGACUGUCCCCGGUAUGCUGAGGCGUGGCGCCGGACACAUCGUGGCCAUUUCUUCCGAUGCAGGACGUAAAGUCUUUCCUGGUCUCGGUGUCUACUCUGCCUCCAAAUUCUUCGUCGAAGCAACUCUGCAGUCCUUGCGCCUUGAGACUGCGGGUAAAGGUCUGCGGGUGACAGCUGUGCAGCCUGGAAACACCCAGACCGAUCUACUGAACAUGUCCAGUGAUGAGGAGGCUAUCAAAGCAUAUGGACAACCGAGUGGGGCGAAGAUCAUGGAUCCUGAGGACGUGGCGAAUGCUAUCGUGUAUGGUCUGAAGCAGCCAGAACACAUUGCUGUCAACGAGAUCUUGAUCGAGCCCAGGGACGAGCCUAUAUAGGUCAUCGCUGUCGUUUUGAAAUGCUAGGGAAUGCGCUUCCAUAGUGCGUGUGCGAUUGAGCUACUUUUUUGUCAGCGUUAGAGACAACAAAACUGUGUGUAGAAUUAUUCCAUUGAAAGCGCUUCUUCC